AUGGAUGUGUACCAGAGUCCAGGGACAGAAGCAGACGACUGUGAAGAACUUGCCAUCGUAAAAACAUACGAAAAGGGGAUGUUGAGGGGAAGAAAGGCGACUGAAAGAGGAAAAAGUUACGGGAGUAUCACUGGAACCCAAGAAGAAAGGCCAAAAAGCUCAAAGACAGGCACGGUUGGAAGAAGGCUUAAGGGGGAGAGGUCGCCGGAGAAGAGGCGUGAAGGAUCGUCGGAGAAAGUGGAUCGCGCAGAAGUAGAAAGAUGGUCGCCGGGAGCACUCGAAGACGAAGUGUGCGAAAGAGGCGGCGCAACAGUGACCCAACAAAUAGCUUCUGCAAGCGACAAGUUUCCAGAAAGUGUGAUCCUUGAGAUUACAAAAAUGGUGUCCAUCAACUUGUUCAGGACCUUAUCUUCUCCGCCACGACAGAACAUGAUUCUUGAAAAAGUUGAUGCAGAUGAGGAAGAACCUAAGAUGGACCCGGCAUGGCCACACUUUCAGAUCAUCUAUGAGUUCUUUCUACGGUCUGUUGCUUCUCUUAUGUUCUCGAUCUCUUUGAUUCUGAAGAUUCAAAAGAGAGGGAGUACCUGA